UCCUUCGCGUCGACUCAUCUCCCAUCGAUUUUUUUUUUCAUUUUACUCCGGAAUUCAUCACUCUUUUGCAUAACAAAAAUCACUCGCGGCACUCGUGAACAUGGCGGGAAGUUUAUAAAUUUAUUCCGCGGUAUUUCGCUGAAAUUCUUCACGCAAUUCUCCGAUAAACAGUGGGGGGGAUCGAUUAUUGCGAAAGGAUGGAAUUCUGCGUUCUGCGGGUGACCAUAAACGCACGGUUGAGAGAAUGAUCUAUCGCGCUGACAUCCUGGGACAUUGUUCUGACACUGUUGGCGAGAAAAAUUGAGGGAAAGUGAGGAAGUGAUCUUCAAACCCACGUGAUGACCUGACCCAGAGAGCGGAGCCCGUGAUAACAGUUUAAUGAGGGACUUAGCAUGGAGCGACUGAUGUAAUUAGAGGAAAGAGUGCGAAUGAUGGGAUUUUCGUAGGUCGGUGGUGAAGAGACAAGUGUCGACUCCAAAUUCUGGAAAAGGUAGAAAAAACCCGGAAAAUGUGGCCACAACUGCGGAAAAUAUUUCGCGCCUGGCCCCUCCUCAUCUCGACCAUCUUCAUCAUCUGCAUGGUGCUGAUAUGGUCCCACAGCAGACAGCGGGGCAACGAUUACAGCGAUGACUACGUAUCAUUGAGGCUGUUGGACGAUCAGAAGGACUACAUAGAUCGCAGGGGGAUUCACGUGGUUGUUGGCCACUACAUCGGGGAUUCCGUGGAUCCCUUGAAGAGUCCAAACGUCACGAAAGAAAUUGUAAAUAAAAAUAUGUUUAGUCCAAAGCCGUUCAACGGAAAGAAUGGAGAGCCUGUUUUAAUCUCACCAAAGGACUUUAUCGUAAUGCAGCAACUCUUCCAGAUCAAUAGGUUCAAUUUAAUGGCUAGUGAUCGGAUUCCCCUGAAUCGAAGUCUUCCAGACGUCAGGAAGAAAAAGUGCAUAACGAGGUACUCAAAGCUGUCAGGACUUCCCAAAACCUCUGUGAUUAUAGUAUUCCACAACGAGGCCUGGAGUACACUCCUGCGAACAGUCCACAGUGUAAUAUCAAGAUCUCCCCCAGACUUACUAACAGAAAUUCUUCUAGUUGAUGACAACAGUGAUCGAGAGUUUUUGAAACAGCCACUGGAGGAUUAUGUGAAGACCCUGGACGUACCAACUCGAGUUUUACGAUCGUACGAACGAGUGGGCCUCAUAAAUGCACGUCUUCUUGGUGCGAGGGAGGCUGCUGGUGAGGUACUUACAUUCCUCGAUGCACACUGCGAAUGCACGGUUGGAUGGCUCGAGCCACUUCUUGAGGCCAUCUCCAAGGAUAGAACCAGGGUUGUGUCACCUGUAAUUGAUAUUAUUAAUGAUAACACGUUUGCGUAUACCAGAUCUUUCGAGCUGCACUGGGGUGCAUUCAAUUGGGAUCUUCACUUCCGCUGGCUGACCCUGAGUGGCCCACUGAUGAAAGAACGCCGUGAGAACAUCGUUGACCCCUUCAAGACCCCCGCAAUGGCCGGUGGAUUAUUCUCAAUGGAUAAAAAUUACUUCUUCAAACUGGGAAGUUACGAUGAACAAAUGAAAAUAUGGGGCGGCGAGAAUCUCGAGCUCUCGUUUCGUGUUUGGCAGUGCGGUGGGAGUGUUGAAAUAGCACCUUGUUCACACGUCGGUCAUCUCUUCAGGAAGUCAUCGCCGUAUACGUUUCCGGGUGGAGUCGGGGAAAUUCUUUAUGGCAAUCUCGCGAGAGUUGCACUUGUCUGGAUGGACGAGUGGGCUGAAUUUUAUUUCAAAUUCAAUCCGGAAGCCGCAAGACUCCGAGACAAACAGCAAAUCCGAUCUCGCUUAGAAUUACGUGAACACCUGAAAUGCAAAAAUUUCGAAUGGUACUUAGAUAACGUCUGGCCAGAUCACUUUUUCCCGAAAGACGAUCGUUUCUUCGGACGAAUAAUGCACAUACAAUCCGAGAAAUGCAUUAUGAAACCAAUAGCCAAAGGCAUAUACGCCCAGCCAGCGGGCUACGCUGCUUACGAGCCUUGCAUGAAUCCCCCCAAUCUCAGUCAGAUGUUCGUAAUGACUAAAUCAGGGAUCAUUAUGACGGACGAGAGUUUGUGUAUGGAUGCACCUGAACGAGAUACCAGGCAUGAGAGGCCGAAGGUGAAGAUAAUGGCGUGCAGUGGGCUCUUCAGGCAGAAGUGGAGUUACGAUCAGAAGACCAGGGGAUUGGUUCACACGAGCAGUGGAAUGUGUCUCCACGUCAACCCAGAGAGUGAAGAGGGCCCUGUAAUAGCCACUUGCAACGGGAACAUCGAGCAGCAGUGGAAAUUAGAAUCGAUCGCCUGGAAAUGAUCGGCAGAUCCUCACGAAGAAAUUAUUUUUUUACGCGUGUAAAUACUCACUCCACUGACAGGAAUAUUUUAUCAACGCCAUGAGAUUAAUUUUGUUAAUUUAAUUGCUUAAGUUUUUUAUACGGUGAAUAAACGAUUGAAUUUCAA